AUGCGUUUGGUAGUACGGCACUAUGGUGGAAGCCGUGGCCGGCUGCUACGUGACAGGGAGCAUGGUGUGAUUAUAAAAACGCACAUUUGCUUUGUUCGCAAUUUUGCCGCCGUCGAGCGCUACCACCACAAUGAGCUCCUAGAAUACUUCAACGGCGAGUUUGCAGGUCAUAAUUUUGAAGACCAGACACGAGAGCUUACUUCAAUUUGUACCUUGGGCCGGCCCAAUACGACUUGA